CAGCACCUCCAACUACUAUCACCACCUCCAACUAUCACCACCACCACCAGCAGCAGCAGCUCCACCACAGCAGCUGACUGGCCAGAGGACACUGGGUUUUACACUGACAGGUUAUCUCAGUCCACCAUGGCAGAGAACGCUAAAACGAGUGACACCGACUCUCAAGAGCAACAGGUGACUCCUAGUUUAAUGUCUCGGGUGGGUAACCUGCCCUUCGUCAGCUCUGCGUAUGAUGCGGUGUCCAGUGCCUACACCAGCACUAAGGACAGUGUGCCCAUCCUCAGGGGGGUGAUGGACGCUGCUGAGAGUGGGGUCCGUACACUGGGGGCUGCGGCCAGUACGGGAACCAAGCCUAUACUGGACAGACUGGAACCACAGAUUGCAAUGGUGAAUGAGUAUGCCAUGAAAGGACUGGAUAAAGUGGAGGAAAAGCUUCCAGUGUUACAACAGCCAGCAGACAAGCUGGUGUCAGAAACAGUGGACAAGAUGUACCAGUCUGUGACGGGGGCGAAGGAGGCCGUGGUGGGGGCGGUGAUGGGGGGUGUGGAGAUGACCCGCACGGCUGUGAACGAGGGCAUUAGCACAGUCAUGGCCAGCAGGGUGGGUCAGAUGGUCAGCAGUGGGGUGGGCCUGGCGCUGACCCGCUCUGAGGACUGGGUGGACCAUAACCUUCCUCUAACUGAGAAAGAACUGGCGGAUCUGGCUGAGCCUCUGCCGAACGAAGAAGGCGGAGUUGCCCUAAGCUCCGCCCCCAGCUACUUUGUCCGUCUGGGUAAGUUGUCAGCCCGAGUCCGAGAGAGAGCGCUGGAGCUUUCCGUAAACAAAGCCCGAAACGCCCGGGACGCCACCCACACCGUCAUCACCCAGAUCACCAGCACACUGGACCUGCUGGAGACCGCACGCACUGCCAGCUGGCUAGGGGGCGCUCCAGAGCAGCUGCUGAACCGCUGGAAGGAGUGGAGAGAGGGGCAGCACAAAGAUGUAGCAGAGGAGGUGGAGGUGGACGUAGUGAAAGACCAGGGAGAGUCCUGGCAACCCCGAGUUCCAAUCGCCACCACUACCGAAUCACAGCACAAAUCUGAAUUGCAGAUGGAGGGGCGUACUCUCUCAAUGGUUCGUGGACUGAGUGAGCAGUUGCGGAUGGCCAGCAGGAGUGUAGUAUCCAGUGCGCAGGGUCUGCCCGGAGUGGUCCAGGAGCAGCUGCAGAACGCCCGCCGCACGGCCGAGGACCUCCACACUUCUCUGGGCAAAACCACCAGCCUUACCCCCCUGCUGCUCCAGCAAAGCCGCCAGCAGCUUGCCCAGGUACGACAGUCACUGGACGGAGUAACAGAAUAUCUACUGAACAACACGCCCCUGAACUGGUUAGUCGGACCGUUCUCUCCCGCGCUGACUGAGAGAAGGCUGACUGCUGAGUAGAACCAAGCCCUUCCACCUCCACUGUGUGGAAUUAAAACAGUUUAUGGCUGUAAAUUAAUUUAUUUAAAGACUACCUUGUAAUUUAUCUGCAGUAAAUGCUCAGUAUAUACAGCACAUACCAUAUAAUUCACUGGUGCCUAAUUUAACGUCCUAAAUAGUACUGUACAAAAGCCUUCAGAGUGUGAAAAAUUAUCGGUAAAUCUGUUUAUAUGGUCAGUAAGAGUAAGAACACAUGCAAAUAAAGAAAAAUAAACAAUCCACUGCUGUGUUUAUUUAGUUUACAGUAGACACUCUCACUGAACACUGUCGUUAUAUAUAUAUAAAGUGUGUGUGUGUGUGUUUGUGUUUGUUUUAAUGUUCAUUUCAGUUUCUGCACAGUACUGUAUAGACCUUAAAAAUCCAAUAAAGCAAUUUAAAAUAAAAAACAGUAUUUUAGCUCAUUUUGGAGCAUUUAUUUUGGUCUAUUCAUUGUGAAUUGUUCUCCCAGUGUAAAGGCAGCCCGUGUAAAUGUAAAGGAGUUGUUUCCAGGGUGUUUCUUUUUAUCAGUUGCACUGAUACUCUGACUGUGUGUUCAAGGUUGCAAAUGGAGUACAAUCAGAUACUUUGUUGUAAAUCACUGUGGCAUUCACUUUCAUUUUUGCUUCAUGUUUGAGCGUCUUUUUGAACAAAUAAUAAAUCUAAAAAAUAAAUCUAUUAGUACUUCUCUAUAUUUUUAUUUUACACUACAAAGAACAAACCACAUCUAGAGUGUCGGUCUGAUCCAUGUGUGUCCAAAACAACAGCUACCUGACCAAAAAAAAGGGUCACACAUUCUAAUAUUUGGUCGGACCACCUUUAACCCUUUAGCGUUCAAUUACUGUGGCAUAUUUAUAUCUGUCCAGAAUUGCAUUAAUUUUUCAAAAAGAUUCUCAAUGGGGUUAAGGUCUGUGGUGAACAAUCCAUCUGUAAAAAUGAUGAUCUCAUGCUCCCUGAAUCACUCUUUCACAAUUCCAGCAUCAUGAAUCCUGACAUUGUCAUCUUGGAAUAUGCUUGUGUCAUUAGGAAAUAAAAAAUCCAUUGAUUGAAUAACCUGGUCUAUAAUCAGUAUAUUCAGGUAGCCAGCUGACCUCAUUCUUUCAGCACAUACUGCUGCUGAACCUAGACCUGCAGACCAACUGCAGCAUCAACCCCACAUCAUAGCCACCAUCAUUACCACCACAAUAACGAAAGAAUGUUAAUGUGGAGUUUAUUGUUAAAAAAUGAAUGAAUUAUUGUUCAUAAAUGAAUGAAUGUUAAUGGGGAGUUUGUUGUGUAUUAAUAAAUGAAUUAAUUUUAA